UGAGAAAAGUAUCUUCAUUGAGUGUAUUUAGAUUAAUUAUGCAUUUCAGCAGAUUUAAAAUUAAAAUUUAUAAUAAUUAUAUAAAUUUUUUAUUUUUUUUUAUAAUUAGACUUUAAACUGUUGAGAUUUAUGUACUUACUACGGAUCUGGGUUUUACUAAUCCGCUCUAUCGUUAAAUCGGGUCACGAACUUUGCCAGUUGCCACUGUCAGUGAGGGUUUAAACCUAAAUCAAAACCCUAGCGUUUAUUUACCCCUAAUUCUAACAGCAUUAGCCAUGGCAGAAACAGAACCCGAAGCCGCCGCCGCUGCCGCUGCCGCUGCCGCGCCCGCCGUUGAAACCGAGAAAGAGGACACUUCAGCUCAGGAUAUGGACAUUGAACCUCAAGCCGCCGCCGCCGAUGAUGAUACGGCUGAGAACGGGGGUUCAAAGCGUCCAAGGGAGGAGGAAAACGAGCCGGAGAAUGAAGACGCUACGAAGAAGCUGAAGGGCGAUAAGUCUGUAGAAGAAGAACGACUCGAGAAGUUAGAUGGAGCCGAAAAAGUGGAUGAUGAAGAGAAGAAAGUCGGGUCGGGUCCGGUUAGUGUGGGUCCAAAGAACUUUGGGUCGUCUGUGGAGAUGUUUGAUUACUUUUAUAAGCUUCUUCACUCUUGGUCUCCCAACCUCAACCUCAACAAGUAUGAACACAUUGUUUUGCUCGGCUUACUCAAGAAGGGUCACUUAGAACCUGAUAGAAAGAUCGGUACUGGAAUUCGCGCAUUCCAAAUCCGGUUUCAUCCUCAGUUUAAAAGUCGCUGCUUCUUUGUCAUUAGGGAGGAUGGUUCUGUGGAUGAUUUUAGCUUCAGGAAAUGUGUUGAUCACAUUCUGCCCCUCCCCGAGAACAUGCAAGUAAAACAUGACGCUAACAAAGCUUUGGCUCGUGGUGGAAAAGGCGGCGGGCGUGGCCGUGGGAGGGGAGGGAAGCCAAGAAAUUGAAGACAGCUGCGUGUUUGUCAGAAUCAACUGCCAAUUGUAUUGUUCUGUACACGUCGUUAUCUGUUUUCAGUAUUGCUAAUUAAGUUACAUGACUAUAAGGGGUGGAUAAUUCAACAAUUUUGUUUGGCAUCAACUAGUAUAAUCAUACUGUAAUCUGCGCUAUUUUGAUGGAAUAUAUGAAUGCACCCGAUGAAGCUAUCAUAUGAACA